GGAAGACGCAGUUUUAUUACACAGCUGGGUUACUCUUGCUGAAACCAGGCCGUCGUUUACAUAACGUCUGGGAUUUGUAGUUUUCGUGUUUAUUCGCUACAAUAUAAUAAAAUACGGAUUGAAACUGCUUUAUUUGUCUUCUCCUUUGUCCAAUUUAGGAUAACCUUAAACAGAACUUUGGGAGCAAUAAACAGUAACAUGCCACGCCAGUUGUCGCGCAUAGUCAGAUCCCCCUCUUUGAAAACUUUCACUAAGACUGUUGCGCCGAUCAGCUAGCCCCUCGGCCGAAUCGAUCAGUGUGGUUACCACAGAGCAUGACAGUAGGUAGAGAAGACAAGAUAACAAAUACUAGCAAAAACGACGAUCUGUCACCGAUGAUGACUAUUCAGAUUUCAGAUUCAGUGAUAAUUAGCCGGUGUGAUAAACACAGUUAGAAAGCCUUUUCUUGUAAGAAUUACAGUUUUCCAUCGCUUAUUUCCUCUAAACAGUUACAUACGGUAAGAAAGUUACAUCGUUACAUGUCUUUGAAUUGGAUCAGUUUAAUAAUUGUUAUAUUGCACCUAUUACUAGAAUUUGCUAUUUUGAGUGGCACUACGGCACUGCGAUAAUUUGGAUUCAUCAGAGUGUAUUAUUCACCUUAAACCUCUAUAGAAUAAGUAAGUUGAUUGAUUAAUAUUGCCUCAUCAAACAUUAUGUUACAUUGCCUUACCAUUAUAUAGUCCAAAAUACUUGGUAUAGAGCCGUGUAUCCCGGAAGCACGAAAGUAACAUCGUCGUACGGCAGGACACCAAAAUUCUUAAAGCGAUUUCCCACAACUACCUGUGUUUCGCUACAAAGGUUUGGUGACUCCCCGAACAAAACCUUUAAGAAUUUUGCUUCCAAGGAUGUUGACGGGAAACAAUUCCGGCUACAAUUGCCAUUCGUGCCAUGAGCAUGAUGCUGCUGAUGCGAUGGUCGCCUGUGAUGUGUGCGGUAACUGGCACCACUUCAAGUGUGUAGGAGUAGACGACACCGUUAAAACCCGCCGGUGGUUGUGCCAAGAAUGUGAUUCUGCUACGGUUUCUGGUCUGCUCAGUCUCCCGCAGGCGAAGGAUAAAGUGAACAAGUGCGGCGGUAGUAAGACGUCAAGGUCGCGAAGUAAGAAACCAGUCAAAUCGGUAGGAUCGAAAGUGAGCAUGACCUCCAGUGCCCGCGCUGCUGCGUUGGAAGCUCAGAUGCGCCUACUUGAAGAAGAAGAGCGACUAAAAGAGAUCGAAUUGAAGGAGCAAGAAGAGCUGCAACGUAGGGAAUUCGCCGAGGAACAACGCAAACUGGAGGCAAAGAAGAAGAUUAUGGAAGAAGAAACGAAGCUGCACGAGACAGAGUUGUUGAAGCAAAAGGCCUUGCAGGAAAAAAUGAUGUUAAUAAGACGAGAAUCCAUGGAGAAAAAGAAGGAAUUGAUGCGACAGCAGGCGGAAUCAAGUAGAUCAUCAUCAGCGUCACAUGUUUCCAAAUCCGACAGAGUAGUGGCUUGGGUUGCUUCACAGCAUCAGACUGAGGGAGACGAUCCGAAUAAUUUGGAACCACCGAUCACCACGUCCAACGCCCGUGUAGCGAACUUCGACUCACCACAACAGCACAACACCACAACAGCUCCUAGCCCACCCAUUAAUCAACUCUCAAGCCUUUCGUUAAAUGAUGAUCGACACGACAAGCACCCGGUGUUACCUACUACAUACAUGCAAAUUGCCGCCCGGCAGGUUACGGGCAAGGAUCUUCCGGCAUUCAGUGGCAACCCGGAAGACUGGCCGAUGUUCAUUCGGACCUACGAAGAAACCACAGUGGCAUGUGGGUUCUCCGACGUGGAGAACUUAGUGCGGCUUCAAAAAUGCUUACGUGGAAACGCUCUGGAAACGGUUCGUAGUCGCCUCAUGAUGCCCGCCGGAGUACCUCAUGUAAUCAAAACUCUGCAAAUGCGCUUCGGACGUCCGGAGCUCAUCAUUCGUUCACUUUUGGAACGAAUACGUCGCGUGCCAGCUCCGAAGCCAGAACGACUAGAUACCCUUAUUGAUUUCGGUUUGGCUGUUGAAAAUCUGGUCGUGCACUUGCAAGCUGCGAAGCAAGAAAACCAUUUGACCAAUCCGGUUUUGCUGCAAGAACUGGUUAUGAAGCUUCCAGCUCAGUUGAGAUUGGAUUGGGCUAGAUUCAAACUCCGACACCAAGAUGACACCCUGGCAGCUUUCGGCAACUUCAUGAACGAACUCAUUGAAGCAGCUAGUGAGGUAUCGUUUGAUCUCCCAUUCAACCUAACAACGAAGGUGGAGAAACCAAGAGAUCGAGAAAAAACCUUUGUCCAUGCUCAUGACGCCGUCGACGCCGAAUCGAGAAACACGGGUGCAAUAAGGAAAGCUCCUAAACCGUGCAUUUGUUGCAACUCCAUUGGUCAUCGUAUAGCAGAUUGCGAGGAGUUCAAGUCAAAAGACGUUGAGGAACGGAUGAGGAUAGUUCGGCAAAACAAUCUGUGCCGAAUGUGCUUGAAUUUCCACCACAGGUGGCCCUGUCGGACAUGGCAAGGCUGUAAUAUCGAAGGAUGUCGAGAGAAACACCAUCCUUUAUUGCACCAGUCCACGUCAUCUAGUCCUAUGCACCUGUCAUCCAGUCAUAGUACUAGUGUAGACAAGAGUUGUGAUCGUUAUCCGUAUUUCCGCAUACUCCCAGUGGUAGUGUCUAUGGGUAAUAAGCGACAAACGAUAUUCGCCUUCAUCGACGAAGGGUCUUCUUCGACCCUCUUGGAUAGGACAGUCGCCGAACAGCUUGGUUUGGACGGUCCGACAGAACCGUUGACGCUACAGUGGACCGGUAACGUCGCACGCCGGGAAUCCAAAUCGAAAAGAGUGCAUUUUCAAAUCGCCGGUGCUGAGAGAACAGAUGCAUUCCAGAUACAAGACGCCCACACUGUCGAACGCCUUCUUCUGCCGAAACAGACGCUGAUUUAUGGUGAGUUAGCUGGUCGCUAUCCCCAUUUACGUGGACUUCCAAUCGCCGACUACGAGUUAGCACAACCUAAACUUUUGAUUGGGCUCGACAAUUUGAGAUUAGGAAUUCCAUUGAAAAUUCGGGAAGGUCGUCUCAAUGAACCCAUCGCUGCAAAAUGCCGAUUGGGCUGGGCGAUCUACGGCUAUAGUGCCGGAGUCUCAAAGCCAACUGUGUCAGUCAACUUUCACGUGCCUGCUGCCAAGGAUGCGGACCACGAGUUAAAUGAGCAGCUUACCGAGUUCUUUUCGUUAGAUCAAACCGGUAUAAAAUCGUCGUUUGAGAUUCCUGAGUCAGAAGCAGACAAGAGAGCCAAGCGAAUAUUGGAGGAAACUACACGCCGAGUAUCUAACCGAUUUGAGACUGGACUGUUAUGGAAGUCUGACAAAAUUGACUUUCCCGAUAGUUUCCCGAUGGCUAUCAGAAGGCUCCAGUCGUUGGAAAAGAAGCUGUAUAAGGAUCCAUCUCUCCACCUUCGUGUUCGUCAAAAGAUUGAGGAAUACGUAAACAAGGGAUACUGCCAUCGAGCGACGGCAAAGGAGUUGCAUUCUUUCGAUACCAAGCGGGUCUGGUAUCUUCCGCUGUGCGUAGUCAUCAACCCGAAAAAGCCCCAAAAAAUUAGAGUCGUCUGGGAUGCGGCUGCCAAAGUGAAUGGUGUAUCGUUCAAUUCAGCUUUACUCAAAGGCCCAGAUCUACUGACUAGCAUCGUGUUUGUGUUAUAUCACUUCCGAGAACAUAGGAUCGCUGUUACUGGAGACCUAGAAGAAAUGUUUCUUCGACUCCUCAUUCGACCCCAGGACAGCCUAUCGCAGCGGUUCUUGUGGAGAGAAAAGCCUAGUGAUACACCAGUGGAAUAUAUAAUCAAUGUCGCCACCUUCGGGUCUACUUGCUCUCCGAGUUCGGCCCAAUAUGUGAAAAAUGUCAACGCGAGGGAAUACAUGGAAGCGUUUCCGAGAGCAUCUUCAGCGAUCAUCAAACACCAUUAUGUAGAUGACUAUCUGGAUAGCUUUGAGACGGAAGAAGAGGCUAUCGAGGUGGUCAACCAGGUAAAAUUCAUCCACAGAAAUGGGGGUUUCCACCUUCGCAACUUUCUGUCCAAUUCCGAAAGAGUUUUGGCAGCCAUCGAAAGUGUUUCUCAUGAUGAUUCAAAGGAAUUGAGUCUUUUGCGCGCUGAAAAAGUGGAAUCGGUGCUUGGUAUGAAAUGGAGUCCGUCCAAAGACAGUUUCAUCUAUACGCUAGCGCUUCGUGAAGAGCUGGCGAAUAUCGUAGAGCCCGAACAUAUCCCUACCAAACGAGAAAUGCUCAAACUGGUCAUGAGCCUUUUUGAUCCGCUUGGAUUUUUGACAUUCUACCUAAUCCAUGGAAGAAUCCUGAUACAAGACGCCUGGGCAACUGGAGUUGGUUGGGACGUCCCAGUCAACGAAGAUUUGUCUCGAAGGUGGUGGCAGUGGAUCAGCUUCUUACCAGCAUUGGGGAACCUCAGGAUUCCUCGAUGCUAUUUUCUCGGCCGAAUGGAUGAAGAAAAACAGCUGCAUAUAUUCGUGGACGCCAGCGAUGCAGCGUACGCAUGUGUGGCAUAUCUUCGUGCUGCGGGAACCCAAGGCGUAGAAGUGGCGUUUGUAGGUGCUAGAAGCAAAGUUGCGCCACUUAAGGUAUUAUCUGUCCCUCGAUUGGAGUUAAUGGCUGCGGUUAUAGGUGCUCGUAUGGCGGAUUCGGUAAUUGCUUCUCAUUCGUUCGAGAUCACAGAAACGUUUUUGUGGACAGAUUCCUCUACUGUCCUAGCCUGGAUCAGCUCGGAUCACCGGAGAUACCAUAAAUUUGUGGGAGUAAGAAUCGGAGAAAUACUGGCUCUAACCAAAAUAAAUCAAUGGAGAUGGGUGCCUUCAAAGUAUAACCCGGCAGACGACGCGACCAAGUGGGGAAUAGGUCCAAAAUUUGAUUCUGGCAGUCGCUGGUUCUGUGGUCCUCCCUUCCUUGUUCAUUGCGAAACAGAGUGGCCCAGAAAACAAAAUUCAUCACUCACCAGCGAGGAACUUGUCAGAAACCACAACGUACAUCAAAUUUCCUCCACACCAUUAGUAGAUUUUUCACGCUUCCACAAAUGGGAGCGAGUACUGCGAACACAAGCGUAUGUCUUCAGGUUCAUCGACAAUUUGAGGUGUUGUAGGAAUGGCCGACCUAUAGAUACUGGAAUCCUGAGCCGAGAAGAGUUGCGGAGAGCAGAAAGGGAGUUAUGGAAGCAAGCCCAAUCUGAAGCCUACAGUCAAGAACUAGCAAUUCUGCUGGAGACUAAAGGGGGCCCAACUGUUCGUCACAAUUUGCUUCCCAAGACUAGUCCUAUAUAUAAGUUGUGGCCGUACAUGGAUCACGAUGGUGUGAUCAGAAUGAGAGGAAGAAUAGGUGCUGCGUGGUAUGCUACAUCCGAUGCUAAAUACCCGGUUAUAUUACCAAAAUCCCAUAUGAUAACAUCGCUUCUGGUCGACUCGUAUCAUCGUCGCUAUCACCAUGCCAACCAGGAGACGGUAGUAAAUGAGAUGAGACAGCGUUAUGAAAUACCACACUUGCGUACUGUCGUGAAGCAAACGGCUAAAAAAUGUAUGAAAUGUAGAACAGAAAAAGCAGUUCCUCGACACCCACCGAUGGCCCCACUUCCGGAACAACGCGUCACGCCUUUCGUGAAACCUUUCACAUUCGUAGGCCUGGAUUACUUUGGGCCGAUAACGGUGAAAGUCGGCCGUGCUAACGUCAAGCGCUGGGUUGCACUCUUCACGUGCCUAACGGUGCGUGCUAUACAUCUGGAAGUAGUGCACAGCUUAUCUAGUGAAUCGUGUGUGUUGGCCAUACGACGAUUCAUUGCCCGCCGUGGUGCACCAGCAGAAUUUUUCAGCGACAACGGGACCAGUUUCGUUGGAGCGAACAAGCAGCUACAGGAAGAAGUUAACGCUAGAAAUCAAGUGUUAGCCACCACCUUCACUAACACCAACACACGGUGGAAUUUCAAUCCACCAGGUGCCCCCCAUAUGGGCGGUGUAUGGGAGCGCCUCGUGCGGUCGGUAAAGAACUCUAUUGGAACGCUCAUCGACGCUCCUCGCCGACCAACUGAUGAGGUGUUUGAAACGAUCCUGUUAGAUGCGGAGGCAAUGAUAAAUUCGCGUCCUUUAACGUAUAUGCCUCUAGAAACCGCCGACGAGGAAUCGCUAACUCCGAAUCAUUUUUUGCUGGGAAAUUCUUCUGGCGUUAAGCAACCCCCUUCGGAGAUCAACGAACGUCGUAUGAAUUUGCGGAGCUCUUGGACCCUUGUUCAACAUCUAACCGAUGUUAUAUGGCAAAGGUGGAUUAAAGAGUACCUGCCUGUAAUUACCAGGCGCUGCGGGUGGUUUGAAGAAGUCCGCGAGAUCCAGGAAGGUGACUUAGUGCUGGUGAUUGGUAAUACGGUCAGGAAUCAGUACGUGAGGGGGCGAGUCGAAAAGGUGUUCCCGGGACGAGAUGGACGCGUGCGUCAAGCUCUGGUGCGCACAGCUUCGGGGAUGUACAAGAGACCAGCCGUGAAACUGGCAUUGCUGGACGUCGGAUUACGUGAAAACUCUGGUCAGGACUAAUCGUCACCAGCUUUUACGGGUGGGGGGAUGUUGCGCCGAUCAGCUAGCCCCUCGGCCGAAUCGAUCAGUGUGGUUACCACAGAGCAUGACAGUAGGUAGAGAAGACAAGAUAACAAAUACUAGCAAAAACGACGAUCUGUCACCGAUGAUGACUAUUCAGAUUUCAGAUUCAGUGAUAAUUAGCCGGUGUGAUAAACACAGUUAGAAAGCCUUUUCUUGUAAGAAUUACAGUUUUCCAUCGCUUAUUUCCUCUAAACAGUUACAUACGGUAAGAAAGUUACAUCGUUACAUGUCUUUGAAUUGGAUCAGUUUAAUAAUUGUUAUAUUGCACCUAUUACUAGAAUUUGCUAUUUUGAGUGGCACUACGGCACUGCGAUAAUUUGGAUUCAUCAGAGUGUAUUAUUCACCUUAAACCUCUAUAGAAUAAGUAAGUUGAUUGAUUAAUAUUGCCUCAUCAAACAUUAUGUUACAUUGCCUUACCAUUAUAUAGUCCAAAAUACUUGGUAUAGAGCCGUGUAUCCCGGAAGCACGAAAGUAACAUCGUCGUACGGCAGGACACCAAAAUUGUAAGAUUGCAUUCCGUUUACUGAACUUAUACAAAACUAAUAAAGAUCUUUUUAGCUUAAAGCGAUUUCCCACAACUACCUGUGUUUCGCUACAAAGGUUUGGUGACUCCCCGAACAAAGACGCCCUUCAUUCAGUCGACCGGAAAAGUCGCGGUGCCCCAGUUAAGUUAUUACAAAAUAGUUGAUGCACCAUUUCCGUGGAUAACAUGAGGUCAACUUUGAGCAGCAAUUCUUGAAGAAGUCCUUUAUAAUGCCUCUGCAUUGUUUAACUAUUAUGAAUUCAAUAAUUCCGAAAGAAAAGCAUUCCUGUAGAAUUUUUGGUUGAACUCAUGAAGCACUUUGGAAGAACUUGAUUGAACUCGUCAAAAUAUCUAGCAGAACCGCAACAACGAACCUAAAAAAGAUCUUGUGUGUAGGAUGAUUGUGCAUUAUUUGCGUUAUGCUAUGCUAAUAUUCCGGUACUAGCUGUCCUGGCAAACGUCGUACUACCUGCCUACUGUCUUUUCAACAUCCAGCUCCAUAGAAAAGUGCCGCUCAACACGGAAUUCCAGAUUUUUCCGUUGUUCUUGCCUUCCCGGACACUUUUCUCAAAUAUUUGUUUGCACGAACACGUCGGAGCCCUGCACGAAAGCAACAGUGAAAGAAUUAGGUAUAUCCGUUGACCCGUUCCCGAGCCUAUUCGUGACAUACAAACACCAUUCCAUUUUUAUCUAGAUAGAUAGAUUUAUAUAGAUUAGUUUUUUUGUGUAAGAUAUUGAACUCAGCUUACAAGAUUGUGCACUCGUACAAGAAAAGUACCUGAAAUAAUGAAAAUAUUUCAUUCUGU